CCCUCUCCUGGCUGUCAGCCGUCAGGAGGAAGAACUCAUGCACUUCCCUUUCCUGCUUGAAUUAUCCUCCUCCCGCUUCGUAUCCUUGAAGUGAGAGGCGACUGUUUUCUGCUUCGUGUUUCUGUGCUGCCACGGCCUGCCCGAUUCCGCUCCUGCUGCUGGAUGUCAACGUCUGCUAUCGAUUUAAAGUCAGCAGAUGCUGCAACAUUCGCAGCAGUGGAGCUUCCUCUGAGACUAGGGAGCUUUCUGCGUGUAUACGGAAUAGAUUUCGUAGUCAUUUUUCCCGCAGCAGUGUCUGGGCCCGGUUGGUUAGCUGAUUGCCGUUCCUGACUUGCAGGAGUCAGCUGGACGUGGAAUUGUGGUAAAUUCCGGCCGUUAUGGCGUCUCAGAUCGCAGGCCAAGCAGCGGGAUGGCUCGACGUGAAGGUUAUCUACGCCAGAAUAUCCGCUCAGAACAUCAUUAACAGCAGCUCCGACUACCUGGUAUUUUCUUCUCCUCCACGCGAGAUUUCUUCAGAAUUGGAAGUUAACGGCGCCAGAAGAAGCCCGUUGGAAGACGUCUCCUUGUCCUUGAGAAAAGACCGAGCGGAUUGUGAAAGCUCCGAAGCGACAUUCGUCAGCACGGACAGAUUAAGAAUCCGGAGACAUCUUUCUUUCGGCAUCUUUCACGAAGGCGAAAAGCUGGUCGCCUGCUCGCUUAAUUUGAGAUCCAGACCGUCACUGGAGGAAGCGGUUUCAGGGUUACCCGUUUUACCUGAGCGAGGGUUACCCUUGGAAGGUCAAUGGACGCUCGAGUGCUCCUGUACCACCAGCAGCUCCUGGAGUGGGUUCGCUGUUAAGUCCGUCCAAGAGCUGUCGGAUCACGCGGUUCAGCCGUCUCUGGAGAUUUGCAUAGUCGGCCGGUGUGACGGUUUGCCGGUCAUGCUGACGGAGACGGUGCAACUGACGGCUAGACGGAAGAACCACUGGAAGGGAGGGCUGGACGCAAUUCCCGAGGUUGAGGAAUCCGACCGGAUGCACACCAAGACGAUGGGUCUCGACGACGAUCAGCGAAAAUCGGUCGUCGUUUUCCAGGGCAAUCAGAAUUCUCCCAAGCAACAGAGUCAGUUUCCAGGAUUCUACGAUCUUCCUGCAGGCUAUGUUGAGAACGAAGAGGGGAGCGGGGAGCUCUCCUGGUUCAAUGCGGGAGUCAGGGUUGGGGUGGGUCUUGGACUGGGAAUGUGCAUUGGGGUGGGUAUAGGCGUUGGCCUGCUAAUCAAGACGUACCAGACAACCACACGGUCGUUUCGCAGAAGCCUUUUCUAGUCAAAAGUGGUAGUACACUCUCCGAGUGUGGGAGGAUGUCUUGUGGGCCUGGUACUUGUGACUUGCCUCUUUGUAAAAUACUGUUCAUAAAUGCGAGCGGUGGUAGUGCUUGCUGUUGUUACAGCACCUUGAAUAAGUGUA